AGGAGCUGUUCGAGCCCGAAACGGUUACGUCAGACAAACAGAUAAGGGCCACAAAAGAAUGCUAAUGCCACAGAGGAGGCUGUUUUCUACCAAGAAGAAAACAGCACGUAAUAUUUCUCUGGCUGUUCCAAAUGCUGAAGAAAGGUGUGAAAUAGUAAAAUCACUUCUGAAUGAGGAGCUCGACACGAAUCAUGAUGUUCCUGCGGAGCACAGUCGUGCCGUGCCAGAUGUACAGCACAGCAAAAGAGGGCUUGACACCAAAAAUCACUUGCAUGUUGUAGAACAACCACACACAUGUUAUGGCAGUCAGGUGUUCAUCAUGGUGUAUCAGCAUGGUUAUGCCAUACCAAUUGUGCAGCACAGCACAACAGGGCUUGACACCCACAAUCAGGCCCAUGUUGAACAACCACACACUAUGCCAUGGCAGCCAGGUGUUCAUCAUGGUGCAUCAGGGCCGGACAUGAACCAGUUUGUUGCUGUGCAGCAUGGUUAUGCCAUACCAAAUGUGCACAACAGGUAA